CCCUGCCCCUGCCCCUGCGCCAUCUCGCUCCCCGAUUGGCGCUGUGCCUGAGUUGCUGCCGCACGCUUGUUCCAAGGUCGCUUCUUCCCACGUAGUGGAACACUGCCACUCGACGCUCCUCGUCGCCCGUCCAGUUUCCAGUCCUCCAACGAACUCCCACGACAUCAACAACGCGACGAGCAGGACGUUCCUCUUGGAGCCCCCUCGGCGAAGUCCAAUCUGAUCCAAGCCCCGACGACGAAGCCUGUUGUCCCUUGAGACGAGCCAAGUCCUUUGACGCCAGCAGCCUUCCUCCAAGACGCCUAUUGCUUCCCGACGAGUUCCCACAAAGAUCAACAUUGCGCGCUGUCCGAUCCUCUCUUGCUGUGUCGUGUCGCGGCCCCUGACGACAAAGAGUUGCUGUUGUUCCUCAACGUCACCUGUCCGAAGCCGCUGCCAUCCCCCUCCUGUCGGCGAGCUGAGUAGUUGUCCAAGGAACAUCCCACCGAGAGCACCGCCACCGCCAUCUGAGCCUCAUCCGCAAGCUAGCAAUUCGAUUCUCCAAGAUUGCGCGUGCAUUCAAAUUGGCAGGCGAUGGGUGAUCAAAAUCCCACUUCAUGGAAAUACACAUGGAGAAUAACCAACUUCACUAGGUUGACUCGAGAGAAGCACUACUCCGAGGUGUUCACGCUCGGCGGCAAUGCCUGGCGAAUACUCAUUUUCCCAAAGGGGAACGAUGUAGAAUGCUUGUCGAUGUACUUAGACGUCGCUGAUUCCGCGAGGCUACCAUAUGGGUGGAGCAGAAGCGCCCAUUUCAGAUUGAUUCUGGUCGAUCAGAACAAUAAUGACUAUUCUAGGAUUAAGGAGACGGAACAUGAUUUCACUGCAAGAGAGAGUGACUGGGGCUUCACAUCCUUCAUUCCAUUGAGUGAACUUCAUGACAGCCGUAAUGGGUAUUUAGUUAACAACACUUUGACAGUUGUAGCUGAGAUUUUGGGCCCCCAACGCCCGGCUGAAAAUACUCAGGUGGCUGAACCUCCAGCAAAUGUACCUCAGGCAACACCAAUAGAUACGUUCGACAGGUAUUUUACAAAUCUUGAGGAAAUUAUUAACGCUGCUCAGAGUUCUCCCGCCAGAGGAGGGUCAAACACGAACAAUCAAAGGGGUGCUCUUUUGACUUCUGGGGCUCCAACCUUGGAUGAAGUAGAGAAGGCUAAACUGUCUUUGAAGGAGUGCCUUUCUGAUAUCUUCAAGCUAAAUGUAAAAGACAGAUUGGCUGAAGCAAUGUCGACAUUAAGCAUAGCCAAAAGCGGGUUAUCACUGGACCAGCAAAAAUCAGUCAAGGCCUUUUGGGCCAACUUCGAUGAGUUCACUUCUGACUUUUUGACCUUUGAGCAGGACAAUGCUGAAUUCGAGCUGCAGAAAUUGCUGAAGGAUCAAAUGUUUGCAACAAUGAAAAAGAAUCACGAGACUCACAUCUCGUAUAAGCAGUUGCUUGGUGACCUGACCAAAGAGGAGGAAGAGCUCAACAAAAAACUUGAGGAAGUGAAGUCCAGAAGAGAAAAGCUCAUUUCGGACUGGGAGAUUUUGAUGGUCGAGUCAGAGGAAGCGAAAUCUGGGCACAAGGGUCAAGAGAAGAAGGUGGCAGAGGCUGAGGAGAAGAAGAGAAUAGCCGAGGAAAGAAUGUCUAGAUCAACCGUUGCCUGGUCAAAUCUGAAGAUGUUAUUUGGUUGAAAUCUUUGGCUUGGAUCAGAAAUGGCUAUGAGGAUACUGUACAAAUGGAUCGCGAGUGUGAAUAGAACUGUGUGGAUUCUCUUGCUAGUAAGUACUUUCGAGUGGUGAAAAGUGCCUUUGAGAUACAGUCAACUUCUGAUAAUUUUUGUACAGAGUUGCCACAUCUGCUGUGCUCUUAUACGUUCGAAUUUCA